CGCAACCAUCAGCUGAACGCACCUCGAUUAUCCUCUCCACUAUCCUCCCUGGACGCUUUUUCGAACGCCCGGCCUCACACCGCUACCCAGCAGGGAGAGAGAAAAGAGGGACCAAAUGAACACCACGAUCAGGCGAAAGUUGGUCAUAGUCGGUGACGGUGCUUGCGGCAAGACGUCGCUGCUUUGCGUCUUUGCCAUUGGUCAAUUCCCCUCGCAAUACGAGCCGACUGUCUUUGACAAUUACGUCGCCGAGAUUCGCUUAGAUGGCAAGCCCGUACAACUGGCUCUUUGGGACACAGCUGGCCAGGAAGAGUACGAGCGAUUGCGACCGCUUUCUUACGCCUCGGCUCACGUCAUCCUCAUCGCUUUCUCCAUUGACACGCCAGACAGCCUCGAGAAUGCACAGUACAAGUGGGCCGAAGAAGUGCGGAGGAUCUGUGGUCCACACGUACCCGUCUUGCUCGUCGGAUGUAAGAGAGACGUCAGGGACAACGACAGAGGGGCAGGAUGUGUAACGCAAGAGCAGGGUAGAGAUAUUGCGGCACGUGUCGGGGCAAGGUCGUAUCACGAAUGCUCUGCGCUUCGUAACGAGGGUGUCGAUAAUGUCUUCGAAGCGGCGACGCGGGCCUCGAUGCUGAUCCGUUCCAGUGGAGCCAACAGAGCCAGUAAAGGUGGCCAUGGGGAGAAGCUGACCACCGCCAAAAAGUCCAAGGCCAACCAAGCAGACGCAGGAGGUUGUCGCUGCAUUGUCCUCUGAUGUUCCUGGGAAGCGCCCCGCCUCCCUCUGCCGAGGAUGUUCGCUCCUCAAUCUCUUGAGACCUGUAUAUUCAAAUUAUCCCCUUCUGAAUCGUUUCGUGAUACGCACAAGACUUUUACAUUCUGCAGUAGUGGCAGCAGAGCAAGAAAGAGAGGGAAAGAAGAGGUACAGAGCGACGUCAGGUGCUAUAGACAGGAAACACAUUGACUUGUUUAUCAGACAAUUGAAAAUGAGGAAAUCUCCUACUUCAACA